ACCGCCUUCACUCACGUCUUUCUCAGUCUGAGCAUGAGAGAGAAUGAGAGCACAGACGCUGAUCACAGCUUUACUUUUACUCAGCGUAAGCCGAGGUUCAGAGGUGGAUCCGAAGAUGUUCUUGUUUAGUCGAGGUGUUCAGCUGGAAGUUACAGCAAUCAGAAUCAGGACUAAGCUUCAGCCUCCUGUAGUGCAGAUUCUGGUUCCUACUGAACUUCAGAUGGAAACUUCCAGCACAGCCAUGCUCACCUGUAUCAUCAGAGGAUUAAACAGUAAUCUGACUGCCAUCACUUGGAAGAUUAAUGACACAGCUGUGGCACAGAGGAGCAGCAGCAGUGAGGUGUUUAAACAGCCUGACGGCACGUUCAGCGCUUUAGGAUUCUACUCAGCGCCGCUGCAGGACUGGAAGAGUGAUGGGGUGUACAGGUGUGAGGUGAAGCAAGGAGGAAUAACUUACUUUAAAGAGGUGCGGCACUCUCUCUGUGGAGAGUUCUUCAGUUUGUGAUGAAUCUGUGAUAAAGGCUGGACUUUUACUUAAAGCCACAGAAUUGUAUAAAUUGACUUUAAAUUCACAUUGGUUUUAUAUGCACUGUGUGGUUAUAGUUACUGUAUAUUCAUUAGUCUUUAUUAAAUAUAUUAUUGACAGCUUGCUGUGCUUUUUCUGUGAAGACACUGAACUUUUACGUUACACUUUUAGGCCCAAUCCCAUUUCACCCCUUGGCCCUACCUCUUACCCCUACCCCUCUGUUUCGCUCGUGCAUGCCGAGGGGUACACUGAAAAAAAUGAUGAAUGAAAGAGUAAAAUUUACUUUUAAAAAGUUUCGCAACUUUCUGAAAUGG